CGUAUAUACAUGUAUGUAUAGGCAUCCAGUCACAGGUUUGAGGGAGAACGGAGAACCAGAAUCCUAGCUCAGUGUCACAAGGAAACAGCAGUAGCAGUUCUUCCUAUACCAACUGGUGUAAAGUUUGAUCUGCAGGUUACACUGAGGUUGGAAGCUGACGGGAGUUGCUGUAAAGAUAUUAAUACUCGGAAUUAUUUCAUUGAGGGUAAUGUAAAUACAACACAUUAACCGAAAAACGAUCAUGGCGGAGGCGGAAGAGAAGGUUCGCCUUGUAGACGAUGGAGAUACCGGUUAUAUGCUCAGGAGAAAUACCAUCAGACAGUUACGACUCAAUCUGUUCGUUCUGUGUGUGAUAUUUAUACUGGUCUUCACAGCUUAUUCGGGUCUACAAAACCUGGAGAGUAGUCUGAACCCCGAGAUCGGGAUAUAUUCCCUAGCCUCCAUCACCGGGGGAGCACUUGUUUCCUGUAUACUGGCGCCGGCCGUGAUCAGGUUCAUCGGAGCAAAAUGGGCAAUUUCUUCUGCGGCCUUGUGCCUGGCAGGGUUCGUAGCAGCGAACUUCUACCCAAAGACAGGUGUUUUGAUCCCUGCCUCGAUCUUGUAUGGCAUGUCAUCCGGGUUUAUGCUGACGUCACAGGGUACUUACGUCACGACUAUUGCUAUAGAAUAUGCCAAUGUGAUCGGGGAACGAGCAGAAACCGUUAUAAGUCGAUUUUUCGGGUUUUUUCUUAUGGCUUUUCAAAGUACACAGAUUUGGGGAAAUCUUAUAUCGUCACUUGUCCUCCAAAAUGGCGAAUCAUCACAUAAUUCUACAACAGAAACGAAUUCAACGCCGAACGUUUGUGGCGCGGCAUUUUGCCCAGAUCCCAUUUCUCCCUCUGGGAAUAGUUCCACUCAAGCAACAAUAAAUAAACCACCGGAACAUAUCUUAAAUACACUGUUGAUUAUUUACAUAGGAUGUGCAGUGUGUGGGUUUUUUAUUGGUGCAAUUUUUCUUAAGCCUAUCCGCUCUAAAACUAACGAUGAUAACACAACAGGUAUCGUAACUACGCUGUUUUCAACUCUUCGGCUCCUCGUGACGGACACUAACAUGCUACUACUGGUACCGAUAGCAAUGUAUAGUGGAGUGGAGCAGGUCGUUAUGUAUGCCCAGUAUACACAGGCAUAUGUGGCUUGCGAACUGGGAUUGUCCUGGGUCGGCUACACCAUGAUCUGUUUCGGCGCCGUCAAUACAGUUGCCUCCCCUUUGAACGGUAUACUAACUAAAUACGUAGGCCGCCCUUUCCUUUUCCUCUUCGGCUUCUUUAUCAACACUGGAUUAUUGGUCCUUUUAAGGAUGUGGACCCCAGACAAAGAUCAGCUGUUCCUGUUUUUCGUGAUACCCGGGACUUGGGCGCUCGGAGAUGCAAUAUGGCAAACACAAACCAGUGCUCUCGUGGGACACGUGUUUCCAUUGCAACAGGAACCAGCGUUCGGAAACAUUCGGAUGUUCGAGGCUUUCGGGUUUUUUGUAGUGUAUCUUUAUAGCAAUCACGUGUGCCAGGAUGUAAAACUGUACGUCGUUGGGGUAUGGCUUGUAUUAGCUGUCUGUCUAGUAUUCAUCGUGGAGAUCAGGAUACGAAACAGAGGCUUUCUAGUGAGCAAGGCUGUAUCCAUAGAGACAUAAAGACUUAAUUACAAACUCUAAUUUGAA